AUGGCUUUUGGCCGGGGUCAUGCAUCAUUCACAAUUGAUGCGUUAAAAUUAGCCAAAGAUAGCUUACCAGCGGAUGUCAAUGAACCACCACCUGUAUUUCCGGAAUUAGUUAAUACACCACAUCCGCUAAUUGAAAAUCCAACUAAUGAUUAUGAUUAUAAACUAAAACUUAAAUUAAAUUUUAAUUCGAGUUUUCGAACUUUACAUGAUCCAACCAAAAUUGAUCAUGAAAAGAAUUUUAUUUUAAAUAAAUGGAAAGAAGAAUGGUCUAUUUUACCUCGUGAAUUAAAACAGGCAUCUCGUAUUAAUAUAAAUUCAUCAAAAAUUAAACCAAAUUUAUCGAAGAAAAACAUUCGUACACAAAAUAAAAAAACAAAAACAUUAUUGAAUAUUGAUCUUAGUACAUAUGAAGAAAAACAAAGUGGAGAUCAAGAUGAAGACGAUGAACCAGAUGACGAAAAGAAUGAUGAUAAUAUUGAAAUCAAUGAAAAUGACGAAGAUAAUGAAGGAAAACCUAAAGAUAUAGAAAAAAAGAAAUUAACAGAUAAUGAAAAUGAAAUUGAUGGUGAAAUGGCAAAUGAAGAAGAAGAAGAUAUGGAUGAAGACGAAGCAGCAGAUUAUUUUGAUUCAUAUAAUGAUUCAGGUGAUCGAGAUGGCGAUGAUUUAGAUGACGAUGGUGGUGAUGGUGGAGAUUAA